AUGCACCAAAAGCGGAUUUGGACUGACAGUGUGAACAAGGUAAAUGUUGGACAAGGGCAUGAGCUGGAGCGCACAGGACAGAGCAACAGGAGAUUGAGACGGCCCGAUGAUUUACAGGUCCGUGACAGGAGCUAUCUUCAGUUGGAGUCUUCAGGUGAGAGAGUGACAGAGGGACAAUCAGUUAAUCUUACUUGUAAAAGCAGAUGCAGUCUGACUGACAGAUCAACAUUCAUCUGGUUUAAAAACACACAGUCAUUAAGUGAGAGAACAGACAGAAACAAUCAACUCAUCCUGCAGUCAGUAAGAAGAGAGGAUGCAGGCAACUAUAGCUGUGCUGUACAGGGACACAACCUCACAUCACCUCAUCAAUAUCUCAAUGUCAUCUAUGCUCCAAAUAAUCCUGUAAUCUCCGUCAGACCUUCUGGGAAAAUAAUGGAGGGUGAUUCAGUGAAUCUGACCUGCAGCAGUGAUUCAAAUCCACCUGUUCAAAACUACAGCUGGUUUAGAGGUAUACGUUAUAUUGGAUCUGGAAGACUCUACAUCAUCUCAAAGAUCAGAUCAGAUCAGAGUGGACAAUACAAGUGCAAGUCCAGCAAUGAACUUGGACAGAAAUAUUCAGCAGUGAUAUUAAAUGUCUUGUAUCCUCCAAAGAAUGUGACAGCAUCCAUCAGUGGAUCUGGUGAAAUUAUGGAGGGUGAUUCAGUGAAUCUGACCUGCAGCAGUGAAUCAAAUCCACCUGUUCAGAUCUACAGCUGGUUUAAGGUGAAUGAAACAUCAUCUGUUGGAUCUGGACAGACGUACAUCAUCACUAACAUUAACUCCAGUCACAGUGGAUGGUUUUACUGUGAGGCUCAGAAUGAAGUCGGAUCUCAGACAUCUGCUGCUGUGUUAGUGACAGUGAAUCAUAGAUUUAAUUAUAGUCUACUGUUUGGCAUCAAAGCGGCAUUUGGAGGAUUAUUCAUCAUUAUUAUCACCAUCAUCAUGCUUAUAAUGUACAAUCGUAAAAGGAAACAAAUGAAUAAUAAAGAAACAUCUGCAAUUAAUGAGAAUGAGGGUGAUGUUAUCAGUAAUUCCACUUACACAAAUGUUGACCUCAAGACCAGAUCCUCUAAUCUAUACAACACACUUUCAUCACAGACUGUUUAUCCCGAAAAUCCUGAAGAAACAUACACUGAUUUCAAUUCAAGCUCUCCUAUAUAUGAGAAUCUAUCAGCAUGUGUCCCAACUGCAGAUUAUAUCAAUACAGUUACAAUGUAAAUGUCCUCACUAAAUAUUAAAUCUUUCUUCUUUACAAGCUUGCACAGAUGAGUCAUUUCACCAAUAGUAAUCAAAGAUUCUUGAUCAAACUCAAUACCUUACAAUCCUAUAUAACAGUGGUCGGCAAAAGAUUCCCCGCAAGCCAAACCUGGCACUCGCAUCUUGCGUUUUUAGCAUCUGGUUAUGAAGUAGAUCUGUCAUGAAAACCAUGCACAAGUGAGAGAUACAA